CAUGCCGAUGCCGAGGUAUUGCUUGAGACUCUGUCACAAGGGAUCACGCAUCGCCACGACUCUCCAAAUUGACUACUUUCCUAGACGGCAUCAUACUAUACCUUGCAUGUCGACCCUCUGCUGCCCGCAAUCGAGAGUUUCAUCCUAACUGAUUAUUUAACCUUUGCAACUGGAUGCUACUCCUGGACCUGUCCACCGCUUAGCACACUGCUCCCAGACUUUCCGGUACCAUCCUCCGUUCUACCCAACCCUAUGUUACAUCAGCCUCAGGAGAGAUCGAACUUUAUAGUUUUAUGUUUCUUCGAUACUGAUUCGUUUUGAGCUGCCUUGACCAUCAAAUCUCUUGUUCUCGAUAAACCACAAUGGCCGACAGUUCCUGUAGCGGCUCUACGCCGUUCAAGAGCCUUGUCGAGCACGGCGCAGAGGAUAGAAGCCUACACCAGGAUCGUUUCGCCAGAGCUUCUGGUACUCAGCAGGCUUUUCGAUCUACCGGGUUAGACCCCUCGGCGCAGGCGCAAGCGCACUUUGGCGCAUUUCUUGGUACAACCGAACCUGUCCAAGUAGUACCAGGCACGCUUCCGACCUAUGCCUCCUCCUCCUCCUCUAUCUUGAGCCCCUUCCAGCAUCUACAAACAUCUCGGAUGCCAGUUACUCAGCACAGUCAUCGUUUCUCUCCAGACUCCUUUCGAUAUGCAUCUCCCCAAGUACCGAGUGCAGCUGCCACGGCAACUGCGCAUGUAGCAGACCAACACAAUCAUGUCGCACAUCCGUCGGCAAGGACAUCUAGCUGGGCACAAGACUUCGCAAGGUUCUCAGGGGGGGUUUCGAAUGCCGACAGCCAGGUGUCCGGUCUCUCUGCCAUACACCAUUACUCACCAGCUCCAGUUGGAUUCAAACAUGGAAUGAUGUCCCUGCAACCUGGACCGUCCUUUUUCGGAUCGGCUAGUGGCAGCGCUGCCCUCAACAAUGCGGCCAGCGCUGAGACUGACUUUGAUGUCGAAAUGGAUCGGUGGAUGGCAGCUCACGGAGACGGUCGGAUGGAGGAUGUAGAUGCCGUUAUGGAACAGAUUGCGCGAGAACUGGAACAAGAUCAGCAACCCGGGACUACCGACCAGAAGUCUAGCGACCACUUUGACGCUUCAGAAUUAACCGCAACAUCCGCAACAAGAAUCCCCUUGGAGGAAACAGGGCAACGCACGCGAUCCACUCCUGUCACAGAGGCAUCUCAUCAACAAGCGAAUGAGAGACACGGCGUGCCUGACACGAGUGGCAUUGCUAAAGCAGGAAUCACGAGUCUUCCGGAGCAAUUGCCCGACCUGUCACGACUUGGCCUUGACGAAGCUUCUGAAAGGACAGCGACCGAGCCUGCAGAACAAGCCCAGUCACAGUCGGAUAUAUCGGAAGCUGCGAGACAGAUAUUGGAAUCGGUUCAACAUGAGCAAGGAGACAAGUGGAAAAACUCCCGUUUUCUCUUACUCAUGAAGGAUUUUCGGGACGGCAAUAAGGAUAUCGUCAACAAUGAAAUUUUAGACACUAGCGCAGGCGGCGAAGACCCACGCAGCGCUGGAUCAGAGUUGCCUCAUCAAACGCGACGCUGAGGAUUGAUUUCACCUCACAGGCUCUCUAGCUGAACAGAGAAGGCUAUUGCGAGGUUUUUUUUUAUUGCUGUGCGCACAAUUCGCCGAGCAACUGGCCUAAGUUAGGCUUCAGUCUGGUGUGGCAUGCACAGCAGAAUCCCUCAGUAGAACACCGAAAGGGCACCCUCAUGAUGCAUGGCAGCCCAAGCUUGCAGUAAAUUGUUUUUGCGGCUUGACUAGUAUCCCAUCCCUCAGCAAUCUCACGUCGCCAAGCAGCAGAAAUUCAGGAGCAUACGAAUACACGUUGAUGUAAAUCCAUCUUCCCACAUUGAAUCCAUGACUUGUCUAAAUGUGUUAUUACACAAGUAUCUCGACCGCUUUCGAUAUUAGCAUCUUGUGAAGUACACA